GGGUGCUCCAGGGGUUGCGGCUGUGGUCGGCUCGGGCGGGUGGGUCUUUGCACGUUCCUCUCUAGUUGGGUCCUACCAUGAAGCUCAUCAUAGCCAAGGAGCGGUCAUUUCCGUGGUUUGGAAUGGAUAUUGGUGGAACGUUGGUUAAACUGGUCUACUUUGAACCAAAAGACAUUACAGCAGAAGAAGAACAGGAAGAGGUGGAAAAUCUGAAAAGCAUUAGGAAGUACUUGACUUCCAAUACAGCCUAUGGUAAAACUGGCAUUCGCGAUGUCCAUCUUGAACUGAAAAAUUUGACUAUGUGUGGACGCAAAGGAAAUCUGCACUUCAUCCGUUUUCCCAGUUGUGCAAUGCACAGGUUCAUACAGAUGGGUAGUGAAAAGAACUUCUCCAGUUUGCACACCACACUUUGUGCCACGGGCGGUGGGGCCUACAAGUUUGAAGAGGACUUCAGAAUGAUCGCUGAUCUGCAGCUCCAUAAACUGGAUGAACUGGACUGCUUGAUCCAAGGCUUGCUUUAUGUUGAUUCCAUUGGUUUCAAUGGCCAGCCAGAGUGCUAUUAUUUUGAAAAUCCUGCGGAUCCUGAACAAUGUCAGAAAAAACCUUACUGCCUUGAUAAUCCAUAUCCUAUGUUGCUGGUUAACAUAGGCUCAGGGGUUAGCGUUCUAGCAGUGUAUUCUAAGGACAACUAUAAAAGAGUUACGGGGACCAGUCUUGGAGGUGGAACAUUCCUGGGCCUGUGUUGUUUGCUGACGGGUUGCGAGACCUUUGAAGAAGCACUAGAAAUGGCAGCUAAAGGAGACAGCACUAAUGUUGACAAACUGGUGAAAGAUAUUUAUGGAGGGGAUUAUGAACGAUUUGGCCUUCAAGGAUCUGCUGUGGCUUCGAGCUUUGGCCAUAUGAUGAGUAAAGAAAAGAGAGACACCACCAGCAAGGAAGACUUGGCUAGAGCUACUUUGGUCACUAUCACCAAUAACAUAGGCUCUAUUGCUCGAAUGUGUGCACUGAAUGAGAACAUUGACAGGGUGGUUUUUGUUGGAAAUUUUCUCAGAAUCAAUAUGAUUGCUAUGAAGGUGCUAGCGUAUGCCAUGGAUUAUUGGUCCAAGGGACAGCUGAAGGCUCUGUUUUUGGAACAUGAGGUAUUCAUUACAUUCCUUGGUUACUUUGGAGCUGUUGGAGCCCUUUUAGAAUUGCUUAAAAUGACAGAUGAUCAGUGACAAAGCCACCUGGACACAGAUACCUAUCAAAGAUGCUGCUGGAUAGAAUGAAGCCACUACAAGGAUGGAAACAAAGCCAUUAUGGCAGUUCUACCUGCUGGAUUUGUAAAUAAUUUAGAAUCCUUUUAGCUGAUCAUUAACUCUGGGUUUUGAGUUUAUACUUCAAAAUUCAUACUGGGAAUAAAGAGGUUUUUCUGUAUACUGUAUUUUUAGGGGGAAAUGUGCACCAUGGCCAAACAUACAGAUUUUAUGGAUUAUUUUAAAAAAGUGAAUAUUGUUUAAAGAACAACUUAUAAUGAAAGAUGCCUGCUUUUCUUCUGGGGUUUACUUAUUAGUGUGGUAAUUUUAACUUCAUUUAAUAAUCACUCUAGGAGAUUUUUAUCUUAUUUUUCAUGACGUUUCAUGACUUGCUCUUGGUUUCAAAUGAAACUACAAAGCUAGCACACUUUACUGUUAACACUAAUGUCAUUGAUUUUUUUUUUUUUUUUUAUCUUCAUUUUGUUAGUCAGUUAGGACACUGUCCUCUCAUCACUUCCCCAAAAACAUGACGACCUUUCUUAGACCUGUUUCUGUUGAAAACAGGUGCUAAUAAACCUGCAGGGGAAGGAAUACAAUCCAAAGUUUCUUGAAGUCCUCUGCAGCUUUUUGAAAUCACAAGUCACGCUGCUACCUGCGUAUUGCA